UUCAUAUGUAUGUAAAUUUCUAUUAAAUACGUUUUUUUUAUUUAAUUUGAUAUUGGAGCAAUCUCCUAAUCUAUCCAAAUUAAAUUAUGGUAUGGUAUAAGAUAUAACGAAUGUGCUCUAAAUAUAUUAUAAAAGUACACACGUUAGUUUGUAAUAUACAAAGUUUUUAAAUUAUUUAUGUAACACGGGCACUUAAUCAGGGCUAUUAAUAACGAAUAAAGGAGAAAAAGAUAAACAUAAACAACUCCACUCAAAGUUGUACGUUAUUACAUACUUGAGACUCCACACACGCAAUUUAAUAUGGUCGAUAAAUCUACCUGGAACUACAUACUUCCUGUUAUAUUCUACUACAUUUGCAAAACCCCAUGCCUUGCAGGUAGUAUGAGCGGAGGUACCAUAGAUAGCGAAAUAACUUCAAAUCGUUACAACACACAUCAACAUCAACCAGCAAAUGAUAUACCACUCAGCAUACAUAUAAAAACAGCAUCCACUUCGUCAGUGGGAACAACUGCGGCACCUUCGAUACCUUCAUUUCUAGCGUCGACGCAGCCUUAUAUCGGCAGUGGUGAAAAUGUUCAAUAUAUUGACCAACAGCACCAUAGAAGUUCCUACAACUUGCUUAGCGAAGCUAUGUCACAGGCGGUUAACAACGAGUUCAGUUCCCUAAGCAGUGUGCCCGAUGCCACAUGUAAUACAGAUGACUUUGACUGUGAAAACGAAAGCGUACAAGAUCGGCUCGGCAUGGAGGCUAUCGCCACUUUGCAUCGUCAACUAGAUGACGACGAUAAUGGAAAUAUCGACUUGAGCGAAUCGGAUGAUUUUCUUCGCGAAGAAUUGAAAUAUGACUCCGGUUAUGAAAAACGUCAAAAGGCAUUUCACUUUAAUGAUGAUAUGCAUAUUUCAGUUAAAGAGCUAUGGGAUGCUUGGUUACGCUCAGAGGUACAUAAUUGGACCAUUGAGCAAACCACUGAUUGGUUGGCACAGUCAGUCCAACUACCGCAGUAUGUUGACCUUUUCAAAUUACACAAGGUUACCGGUGCUGCUUUACCAAGAAUGAUUCUUGACGGUGCAACUAACUGCGUAAUACUUGUUCGCUGCCCCAAAGUCUAAAAGAAUAUCACCCAA